UCAUCGGCGCGCCUGGAGAGCCGCGCGGUUUGGUCUCUGGAGGCACCCGGAGCACUCCAUUAUGGGGGACACCGAUGCAGCUUUGGGUUCCUUGGUAACCGAUUUGUAUGACCUGCAGGCGUUCAAGUUUGGGAACUUCAUGCUGAAGAGCGGGCUGUCUUCCCCAAUCUACAUAGACCUGCGGGGUAUUGUGUCUCAACCUCGUGUCCUGAGUCAGGUUGCAGAGAUUUUAUUCCGAACUGCUCAAAAUGCAGGAAUCAAUUUUGAUAAUGUAUGUGGAGUACCUUACACAGCUUUACCUUUGGCUACAGUUAUCUGUUCAACCAACCAAAUCCCAAUGCUUAUUAGAAGGAAAGAAGCAAAAGAUUAUGGUACUAAGCGUCUUGUAGAAGGAUCUGUUAAUCCAGGAGAAACCUGUUUGAUCAUUGAAGAUGUCGUUACCAGUGGAUCUAGUGUUUUGGAAACUGUUGAGGUGCUCCAGAAGGAGGGUUUGAAGGUCACCGAUGCUAUAGUGCUGCUAGACAGAGAGCAGGGAGGCAAGGACAGGUUGCAGGCUCAGGGAAUUCAACUCCACUCAGUGUGUACAUUGUCCAAAAUGCUGGAGAUUCUUGAGCAACAAAAAAAGAUUGAUGCUGAAAUGGUUGAGACAGUGAAGCAGUUUAUUCAGAAUGCUUUUAUAGCAACAGGUCAUAAUGGUUCUUUCAUGUCUAUGAAGAAAACACUGAAAGAACUUGACUUUGGGGCACGUGCAGAGCUGCCCAGGAUCCACCCAGUUGCAGCUAAUCUUCUCCGGCUUAUGCAAAAGAAGGAGACCAAUCUUUGUCUGUCUGCUGAUGUUGCAGAGUCAAGAGAUCUGUUGCAAUUAGCAGAUGCUCUGGGGCCGAGCAUCUGCAUGCUCAAAACUCAUGUAGAUAUUUUAAAUGAUUUUACCCUGGAUGUGAUGGUGGAGUUAACAACUCUAGCAAAACGCCAUGAGUUUUUAAUAUUUGAAGACCGGAAAUUUGCAGACAUAGGAAACACAGUAAAAAAGCAGUAUGAAGGUGGUAUAUUUAAAAUAGCUUCCUGGGCAGAUCUAGUAAAUGCUCAUGUGGUGUCAGGCUCUGGAGUUGUGAAAGGUCUGAGAGAAGUGGGCCUGCCUUUGCACCGGGGUUGCCUGCUCAUUGCAGAAAUGAGCUCUACCGGCUCCUUGGCCACUGGGGACUACACCAAAGCCGCGGUUCGAAUGGCUGAGGAGCAUCCUGAGUUUGUGAUUGGUUUUAUUUCUGGCUCCAGAGUUAGCAUGAAACCAGAAUUUCUUCAUUUAACUCCAGGAGUUCAGUUAGAAGCAGGAGGUGAUAAUCUUGGCCAACAGUAUAACAGCCCAGAAGAAGUUAUUGGCAGACGAGGUUCUGACAUCAUCAUUGUAGGACGAGGCAUAACAACAGCAGCUAAUCCUCUGGAGGUGGCUGAAAUGUACAGAAAAACAGCCUGGGAAGCUUAUUUGAAUAGACUCAGUGUUUGAAUGUGUCCACAUUUUUAUGAAACUUUGAAGAUCAUGUGGUCUCCUAAAAUGCAAUGGCUUGAGAUAAACACAUCUAACUUGAA